AUGACCGUUGGGGAAAAACCUGUCAUGAACGUCGAUGAUCUGUAUAUUGUUCUUCAUCAUCAUUGGACAAGAGACACCACACCCUAUCCAGAUGGUCGACAGUUAAUCCAACUUGCCUUUCUCUUGCUGGUGUCUGCUUAUACUGGCAGUCGACCGGGCGCGUUGGUUUAUGUUGAACAAAACGAGCGAACUAAUCUGAAGCACUUUUUCGGCCGUGAAGAUGACAAUGAAGAAAUCGAAGAAGAAUGGGACCUCAGAGAAGAUGACUUGAAAACCCUCUGUUACGGCCAGAUCAGCUUGAUUCUGCUUCCAAACCCCGGAGGCAUUCGUGACCAUCUUGUGAUGGAGAUUGAUUUGAAGCAUACCAAGGGCCAUCACAGCAAACCAAAAAGGAAGAUUUUUCUUAUGUCCGAAGUUAAACAACCUACCUUCGACAUCAUUGUUCUUGUGCUUGCAAUGGCAAUUCUUGAUGACGCUUUCGCGGCAGAUAUUCAUUCUGUCGAGGAUAUAUUCAGGGCGCGACGGCUGAGCUUGGCAGUUGGGAUGGUUCGGGCAAUGAAGCCAUAUGACCUUCGCCGUGGAGCCGGUGAAGCAGUUGACAAGACGGCAUCCCUUCCGUUGUUGCAGCAAGUGAUGGGCCAUGUGUAUGCCAGCACAUUCCAGAAAUAUAUGAACGAACGAGUUCAGACCCAUGUUCAAGCAUCAUUCCUCGGUAUCCCUUCAGAAGAUGCAUUAAUGAACAUAUUGAGUCACCAAAGCCGCUACAUUGACCCUCGUGCACCAUCAACAUAUGAUGACCUGCCAGAAAGUAAGAGGGCUACGCUAGCAAAUCACUCAGAGAUAGUAAGCUUGGAGCAAAUGCGUCAUACUCUUGCACUAGAAGCCAAAGAGCUUUACGGUUCCAUGAAGAAUGCGCGUGGUACCAAAAUCGGAGAGCUCAAAUCAAGGGCAGAUGCAGCAUUGAGAGCAGCGAAAAAGGCCUUGAAAACAAGAACAUUCAAUGGUGCUCGCAGUGAAUUUUUCGCGACCAUUGAUACUUUGGAAAUCAACAAACAACUUGAUCCUUCGCUUUUGGACAUCAAACAGGAUAUAUACGAGCCGGAGCAGAUCGUACACCGGCUCAAGGAGCGCCGCCAAGUGGCAGAGUUGAUGCAAGCACCGUUACGGGAGCUUGCUGAAGAGGAUGACAUUCUUCGACGAACAGCUCUAAUCAAUGCACUCAUCGACCUCGGUAGAGUCGAACGGGUACCGUCCGAAAAUUUCCUUCCGAGCAGACCGUCAGACAACGAACUUCAUACUCAGAGCCAAAAGCCUUCGCCAAGCGACCCACCUAAAACAGAGGAAGCCUUAUCUCCCUCUCCAGAGUCAAGGAACCGUCCAAUUUCUCUCACGAACCGGCACUGCCUCUUCUGUGCGUUUGAGCCGACAUAUCAAUGCUACUUUGCAACAGCACGGAAAGCGAGGGAGCAUUUCGAAAAGCACCUUAGGAAUUUAAAAAGAGAGGAGUUUAUUUCUUGCCCCGAUAAGUUUUGUGGUCUUGCUUUUCGUGGCCAUGCGGCCUUCAAAAGCCACGCAGAAAGGGUUCACUCGAUACGUUACUUCACUGAAGAACAACGCGUCAAAGCUGGGUUGUAA